AUGAAAGAAGAUAUAAAGUUGGGAACUUCAGUUAAUUCUGAAGAUGACUUCAUUUCCUUUCCUACAUUGCCUGACCCUGAACAGGAACGUAGUCAAACAUUGACUAAAUUAUUCACCAAAACAUUGAGACGAGUUACUAAUAAUGCAUCACUGAUAGUUCAAGCUUAUUCAUCACCUAAAUCAGUAAACUCCGAUUCAAGAGAUAUAGAUGGUAUAAAUGAUACUCCUAUAAAGGCUCCGGGACUUGGUAAUAUCAUGUCAACAAAUUCAAGCAUCAAAGAAAUUCAAGAUAAGAGUAAGAAAUUACAAGACGCUAUUGAACUUGUACCACGCCAUGAUUUCCGUAAACCUGAUAUACCUCGUGGAGAUUCUCGUAAUAGUAUGAACAAUUCUGAUGUGGAAUUGAAUGAUAAGGAAGUUCCAUCAACAUUAUCCAAACCUCCUACUUCCACCAGUAUAAAUUUGAAAGAGCCAGUAGUUAAAAGUGAUAGCAAAACUUUAAGAUUUCAGAGUAAUUUACCAACUUUAGAACCCACUAGCUUAUCGGGGAGUGUCACUAAUUCCGUUUUGAAUGUUAAUGCUUUAGCUAAUACCGAAACUCAAGUGGUUAAUGGUACUGUAAAUACUGGUGCCAGUGAAGUAUCGAGUACAAUUGAUGAUAAUGAUAAAACGGUUACGAAAAAGAAUAGUAAACGAACUUUACUGAACAGAAUAUCUUCCAUAUUCAAUAAUUUACCCAAUGAUAUUGAACUUUCUGAUGAUUCGGCUUCUGAUACUGAUACCAUUCAUGAUUCCAAUCCUUCCCCAACUCAAUAUAGAUUUAACAAUUUCCACAAAGUUGGAUCUGUCCCACCUCCGGAAUUGUCCAUGCAUAGCGAAAGUAUUGUACAAUCAUCUCCAGUAAAAGCUGAACAAUCAAGAUCCCAUAAUGAUACUUCCACUUUAAAUUCCUUCCAUGCUUUAAAGCAAUUCAAUAAUGGUAUGAAGAAGAAGGUAUCUUCAAAUCUUUCCACGUCAUUGAUUGAUAAUGCUAAAAGUAUUUUGAAUCAGAAUUUCCCAGGUAAUUUAUCUUCAGCAUCUUCAAUCAUUGGAGAUGUUGAUAGGAAGAAAAAGAAGAAAUCUAAGAGGGUAAGUGAUAAUCCUUUGAAAUCUGGUGGUAUACCUAGAAAGUAUUGGAUGAAUGAUUCUUUUGUUUCUGAAUGUUUGAACUGUUUCAAACCUUUCUCAGCUUUUAGAAGGAAACAUCAUUGUAGAUUUUGUGGUCAAAUCUUCUGUAGUGAUUGUACUUUAUUUGUAUCUUAUAGUCAACAUAAAGAAGAAAGGAAAACUGGGAAUUAUAACAAUCCUGAAAGGAAACAUUAUAGUGAUAAAUUAAGAGUAUGUAAACCUUGUUAUAGUGAUGUUAUUGUUUAUUUAAGUGAUUCCGAUUCAUCGUCAAGUGAUGAAGAAGUUGAUGAUGAUGCUGUUUCAUUUGAAACCAUUGAAAAAAUGAAAAUUGAUGAUUCGUUACCUCAACAUCCUUUCCAUAGAGCAAGGUCUCAAUCAACAAAUUCUCGAAGAGAAUUGAUUUCUAAUCAUACAUCGGUCAAUAGUAAUAGUGAUGUGGUAUCAAGGAAAAGUUUUGCUAAUAAAUCAUCAUAUCCCGAUAUGUCAAGUGAAAGGUAUCCAAAUCUUUCCUCUAGUGAUAUCAAAACUCCUCAAGGAAUAUCCAUUGCCACUACUAGGCAAGGAGAAUCAGUAGAAAUACCAGUUUCCAAGAAUAUUCACAGUAAUAAUAACUUCCUUAAUCCUGGAGGUUCUAUCCACCGAACCCAAUCCAACGACUAUACCAAUAAUGUUUCUUCCAGCUGGCUAAAGAAAUAUCCAAGUUUAAGGAAAUCCGGUACGGGUUUAAAUGCUGUGAGUAGGUCAAAUAGUGUCGAUAACUUAUCGAGCAUUCAUGGUAAAUUAGGAAGUGGGAAAUUAUCCAAGAUCAAGUCUCAUACAGAGAAUGAAGGACUUCGUAAGAUUCUAACCGGUGAUUAUGCUGGAGGAUUGAGUGCUAGAAGUAGUGAUCAGAAUUUAGGAGUCAAAGAUGGUAAUAAAGAUAGUGAUCGAGUGGAUGAUGAUGAUGAUGAUGAUGAAUUGGAGAGCGAAAAUGAAGAUGAACAAGUGAUGUCAUUAUAUACUUCCUUGAAUCAUGCUGGUUAUAAUCAAGGAAUAACAUCAUCAACAAUUUCACCUCGUGCUCCAAUCACUCGUCCUUUGGCUACAGUUUCUGCUAGUGCAGUACCAACAUUAGGGGAAUUUCCAACAAUGAUGGUCAAUGAAAAACUUUAUCCAAAGAAUAUGAGAACUAAUCUGGCAGCUGUAAUACCGAGAAUAAUGCAAAGUAGCCGAAACGAUGAUUAUUUCGAAUCAAAUAGUCCAUUUUCAAGAAAUGUUCUUGAAGAUAAUCCUAAAUCCAAUCUUAGAUCUCAUGAAAGAGCCCAUGCUUCAUUAUUAAGAAUGAGAUCUAGAAGAAGAGCCAAAACAGUAAGAAAUGUGCUGUUAUUCUCUCAAAAUAAUGCCAAAUUAUUAUCUCAAUUUGAAGAACCUAGAGAUUCCGUAUCACCUCCAGUAUCCCCAUCCCCUAAUAAUGAACCUUCAAUUAACCCCAUGGAAAAUAGAAGCUUUUUAAGAAGUAAUGAAACUAUUCAACCUUUGGCUAACGAUAAUUUUUCACCCCAAACGGUAGUUACUUAUUAUGGCGAUGAUAACCCCACAGCAAAACAUCAAGUAUCCUUUGGAAGUUUCAAUACUAGUAAAGGAUCAGCUCUGCCAGAUAAAUUGUUGAUGCAACAAUCUAGUGGGUUAUUUGAUGAAGUGGAGAAUAAAAUCGAUACAGUCUAUCUUGAUCUUUUCAAUAGAAUCUUCAAACAAUGUAUGGAAGAUUGUGAUAUCAAAGAUAAUGUUCAGAAGUGGAGAGAAGCAUUAACGAGAAUCAUCAGUUUUGUUAAUGGAUUACAUUUCACUGAUACUUUGGAUAUCAAACAGUAUGUUAAAAUCAAAAGAAUUGCCGGUUCAAUAAUUGAUAAGACUGAUUUGGUCGAUGGAGUAGUGAUGACAAAGAACAUCGAUUCAAAAAGGAUGGCUAAUAAAGUGGAUAAUCCCAAAAUUGCCUUAUUGAUGUUCCCCAUCGAAUAUUUGAAACAAAAGGAACAAUUCAUCAGUUUAAGAAUCGUUCAAUCUCAACAAACGGUUCAUAUCACCAAUUUAGUAUCUCGAAUAAUUUCUUUGAAACCUGAUAUUGUAGUUGUUGGUGAUACUGUAUGUCAAUUGGCAGUUUCAUUAUUAGAAGAAGCCAAAAUUACAGUGAUUUCCAAUACCAAACCUCAAGUCAUUGAGAGAAUUUCAAGGUAUACUAAAGGAGACAUUUUCCAAUCUGUGAAUGAUCUUUUCUUCAAGAAAGGUAAUUUGGGGAUUUGUAAGAAAUUUGAAGUUAAGAAAUUCCUCCAUAAUAACGCAAUUAAAACUUUCAGUUAUUUCACUGGUACUGACACCGAUUUAGGAUUUACCAUUGUAUUAAGAGGAAGUGAUGAAGAAACUUUGAAUUCCAUCAAAUAUACUGCAGAGAACCUUUUAUUGGCUCAAGUUAAUGCUAAAUUUGAAAAGAGUUACUUUGAUGAUCAUCUUUUAACUUAUAUUGAUGAAAGUCCCCAUGAAUCUGUGAGUAGUGUUAUUACCAAAAUUGGAAAUAUUAAAGAAGAAGUUAAUAGUGGGUUGGUGGUAUGUGAAACCAUGCCUGAUGAAAAGGAAAUCUUAGAAUAUGUGGAUUUAUUCAUAAGUAGAAUUAUUAGUACAUCGCCGUUUUCCAAAUAUUCAUUACCUUCACCAUUAGAAAACGCAUUGAAGGCUUUCAUGACAUUUUAUAAUCAUAACAAGCAACAUAAGUUAUUACUUGAUUGUGAAACAUUAGAUGAUGUACAAAUUGAUCUCAUUGAUGAUUUGAAGUUAAAUUUCGAUCUUGACCAAUUACCCAAUCAGUCACAAGAUUUGCUUGAAUUUUUGAAAUAUGUUAGUGAUUCUAGAUUGAAAAAAUUAGCAGCUACUUUCCAAUCACGUUCUAGAACUUGGGGUAACUUAAUGAAAAUGCCAUGUUAUCAACUUUAUCCUGUGUUCCAUAAAAGUAUUCAUUUACUUUAUUCAAAUGUUUCUAUUAAGAACAAUAUCCCUUGUAAUGGGCCCAAUAUCAUUGUGGUAGAUUUCUAUACUGAUAAUGAUAAAUUCUUAGGUUUACAAUUGGACGAAAUGUUCAGUGAUUCUUUCAAGGAAUGUGAAGAAUGUGGAGAAUUGUUAUUCGAACAUUAUAAAAAUUAUGUUCAUGGUAAUGGGAAAUUAGAUAUGAUAAUUGAAAGAUAUGAAUCAUUACCACCAGAACAUUUACCUUUCACCAAUCAAAGAACUGUUUGGAGUGUUUGUAAACAAUGUAACUUUAAAUCCCCAGUUGUGGCUAUGAGUGAUGAUACUUAUUAUAUGUCUAUAGGGAAAUAUUUUGAAGCCAGUUUCUGGGGUAAGAAUAUGGUUUUGAAUCAUAAAUGUGAUUGUGAACAUGAUUUCUUUAAAGAUCAUGUUAAAUAUUUCGGAUUCAAUGAAAUGGCUAUUAAAAUUGCUUAUACACCAAUUGACACUUUUGAAGUUGUUGUUCCUACUAAACAAUUAGAAUAUGAUCCAGCAAUUGAAAUAAAUUUGAAAAUUGAGGCUUUAGAAUCUAUCAGAAGUAAAACCAAUAAAUUCUUCCAAAGUAUUUCCAAAAGAUUGAAUAGAGUUAAAGUUGAUACUUUCGAUAAACAAGAAGAAGAUGGAUCUAAAAGAAUUGAAGAAUUAAAGAAAAAAUUACAAGAACAGGAAACAAAUAUUCGUCAAGAAACGUUGAAUAUUUAUGAACUGACGUUACCAACGGUUUAUCUUCCGUUGAAUUCAAUCUUAAGAAAAUUACAAGAAUUAGGGGUUGAAUGGGAUGAUGAUUUUAAUGAUUUUGAAGUGGAAUUUUUACCUUCAGAAAAUGAAAUUACUCGUAUUACCCAAUCUCAUUUAAGGAAUUUCCUUCUUGAUAGAUUUGAUGAUAAGGAAGUUGAAAUGGAAGAUAUGAAAGAAAAGAAACCUCUUGAUGAUAAAGAUCAUGAAAUCGAACCUCCAGUUGAUCUCAAAGAUGAAAGGAGUGAAGAGAUAGAUAAGCUCAUACCAAAAGCUUUAUUGAAACCUCAAACUAAUGUAGGACAUAAAAUCAGUAAAAUGGAAGCUUUAUUACAAAAUGAAACUCAAUGGAAAGCUGAUGAUAAGAAGAAGAAACUUUUAAAUCAUAAAGAAUCAGAUAUGUCACUUAAUUCUACCCUUUCAACUAGUUCACAACCAUCUACUGUUAAGAAUAAGAAUAAAGUAUCACAAUUAACCAGUUUCUUUGAUCAAAUGAAUUUUGAUCAAAUUUCUAUGGAAUUCAAGAAACAAAGAGAACUUGAAUUACGUAAGAAUUUGAAUAAAUUUAGAGCUUUACCGAUUGUUGCCUCAAAACCGAUUGUGGAAAUUUAUAAUAAUAUUGAAGAUGUGGUUGAUGUUGAUGAGAUCGAAGAAAGAAAGAAAGCAAUGAAAAUUAAUAAAUCCGAUGAGUUGAAAUCUACUGAUACGAAACCUGAAGAUGAUGAGAAGAAAGUGAGAGAAAGGAAAGAAAAGAUCUUGGAUAUUCCACAACCUGAAAAAGUUUCAUUAUUGAAAUCCUUGACUAAUUUCUGGGCUGAUAGAUCAGCUUCAUUAUGGGAUCCUUUAGAAUAUCCUUUAGAUCGUACAGAACAUACUUUUGCUGAUUCAGAUAUUAUUGUUCGUGAAGAUGAACCAAGUUCUUUAGUUGCAUUUUGUUUGAGUACUAAUGAUUAUAAACAAAAAAUCAAAGAAAUGGCAGAAGAACCCGAUAUGGAAAAUCCUGAAUCCCAUGAAGUAGAUCAUAAAAAGCUUGCUAGUUUUGGUAAAAUUGAAAAGAAGUUCAAAAGUAGAUUUGAUAAUGGUGGGAAACCUAGUGAAAUUGAAAAUUUAAUGACCAAAACCAAAUCUACUCAUUUGAAAUAUCAAUUCACUGAUGGAUCAACUGAAUUAUCAUGUAAAAUCUUCUAUUCUGAACAAUUCAAUGCUUUAAGAAGAUCAUGUAGUAAAGAAGAUCAAUUCAUUCAAAGUUUAUCACGAUGUGUGAAAUGGAAUUCGAGUGGAGGAAAGAGUGGAUCUAAUUUCUUGAAAACGUUAGAUAAUAGAUUUAUUGUCAAAGAAUUAUCCAAAUCAGAAUUAGAAUCCUUUGUUUCAAUGGCACCAUUCUAUUUCAAAUAUAUUUCACAAUCGAUGUUUAAUACUUUAACUACAGCUUUAGCUAAAAUAUUUGGAUUUUAUCAAAUUCAUAUCAAAAAUACUAUCACCGGUAAGACAUUCAAAAUGGAUUUCUUGAUCAUGGAAAAUUUGUUCUACAAUACCAAAACCACUAGAAUUUUUGAUUUGAAAGGAUCUAUGAGGAAUAGACACGUUACUCAAACAGGUCAAGAGAAUGAGGUCUUGUUAGAUGAAAAUAUGAUUGAGUAUAUUUAUGAAUCUCCAGUAUUUGUUAAAGAGAAUCUGAAGAAAUUAUUAAGAGGAUCGUUAUUUAAUGAUACUUCAUUUUUAUCAGCUAUGGAAGUUAUGGAUUAUUCUUUAAUCAUCGGAAUCAACGAUACUUCCAAUAAACUUUAUAUUGGGAUCAUUGAUUGGUUAAGAACUUUCACUUGGGAUAAAAAAGUUGAAAAUUGGGUUAAAGGAAAUAAUUUGAUUGGUGGGAACAAAAAGGGUAAAGAUCCAACUAUUGUCACUCCUAAACAAUAUAGAAUCAGGUUUAGAGAGGCUAUGGAGAGAUAUAUUUUAGAAGUUCCGGAUAUUUGGUAUGAAGGAAAAAAUUAA